AAUGGAAUUGAGAUCGGUCAGCAAGACGCAGCGACUCACGUGAGCAGCUGGUGUGUCAUAUGACCGAGGGGAAAGUUCCUUCUGAUUGUACAAAAGCGCAGAGGACAUUACACAAACCCGUCUCCCAGGUGCAUCGAAGUACGGGGAAAUAUAGUCUACAUUUUUCUAGUUGUGCUUAUACGUAGACUCAAAUAUCUGCAAACAGGAGCGUGGUGUGACGCGAUGAAGGUGAGCGGUGUGUUGUUGUGUGUGUUCCUGCUCUGGGUGGAGGGCUCCCAGGCUGAUACCCCGGCCAACUGCACAUAUGAAGACCUGUUGGGCACCUGGGUGUUCCAAGUAUCGAAGGGGGGACAAGACAAAGGCAUCAACUGCUCCAUGAUGGACACCAUUGAUAAGUCGAUAACGGUGCGCCUGGAGAAGCUGUCUGUGGCGGUGGACGACCUGGGGAACACGGGAUUCUUCACCCUCAUCUACAAUCAGGGCUUUGAGGUUGUCCUCAACGACUACAAGUGGUUUGGCUUCUUCAAGUACUCUGAGCAGGGCUCUGAGGUGACCAGCUACUGUGACCAGACUCUGCCAGGCUGGGUCCAUGAUUCUCUGGUAAACAACUGGGCCUGCUUCACUGCCAAGAGGGUUGUCCCAACACCCCCUCGCUCCAUAGACACACACCGCUACCAUCCCAAUGACCUGUUCCUCCAGAGGUCCUACAAACACAACCUGGACUUCAUUGACUCCAUCAACGUGGCUCAGAGCUCCUGGAAAGCCAUGGCCUACAGCGAACAUGAGACCUACACUCUGCAGCAGCUAAUACACAGAGCCGGGGGACCAGCUUCACACAUCCCCAGACGUGUUGGCCCCGCCCCUGUGACAUCAACGCUAGCCAAGAUGGCGGCCGGCCUCCCUGAGCGCUGGGACUGGAGAGAUGUCAACGGAGUCAACUACCUCAGUCCUGUCCGCAACCAGGCUUCGUGUGGUAGCUGCUAUUCCUUUGCCUUAAUGGGAAUGUUGGAGGCUCGUGUCCGGCUCCAAACCAACAACACCGAGACUCCCAUCUUCAGCCCACAGCAGGUCGUGUCCUGCUCCCAGUACUCCCAAGGUUGUGACGGUGGUUUCCCCUACCUCAUUGGGAAGUACGUCCAGGACUUUGGGAUCGUGGAAGAGUCGUGUUAUCCAUACGCUGGGACAGAUUCCCCGUGUGACGUUCCCGAUGGCUGUCUCCGCCACUACACUUCGGACUACAGCUACGUCGGAGGGUUCUACGGAGGCUGCAGCGAGUCUGCCAUGAUGCUGGAACUGGUCAAGAACGGACCCAUGGGGGUGGCCUUUGAGGUGUAUCCUGACUUCAUGCACUACAAGGAGGGUAUCUACCACCACACGGGCCUCCAUGACUCCUACAACCCGUUUGAGCUGACCAACCACGCGGUGCUGCUGGUGGGCUACGGCCAAUGUCACGUCACGGGUCAGAAGUUCUGGGUGGUGAAGAACAGCUGGGGGACGACGUGGGGCGAGGAGGGCUUCUUCAGGGUCAGACGGGGGUCUGACGAGUGUGCCAUCGAGAGCAUCGCUGUGGCAGCCAAGCCCAUCCCUAAACUGUAGAGGGUCUACGGGGGUGGGAGGGAAAGGGUUCAUUUUUAGGCAUUUUCCCAAUUGGAACCUAGCCUGAAGUCUACAAUUGCAUAUAAAUGUGAUAUUUUGAAAUGGCUGGGACGUUGUCAGAGUUGGUGACUGUAAAAGUGUUCCCCCCACGCUCGCUAGACAGUCUGAUCCUUGCCAGUCAGAUGCAAUUUUGUGAAUGAUGCCAAAAGGGAACCUGCUAUAAUUCCCUGUACCUGGGAUUUGUAGUUUUAUUAGUAUGUUGUAGUUAGUCUGGUGAUUGAUAGGAGGGCAGAGAACCUCUACUCUUUAUCUGUAAUCUCAGGGGAGACUGUCCUGUGAUCUUAAAUAUAUUCCUUGUUGCAAGUCAUCUCUGUACUGUCCUCUCCUAUCUCUGCUGAUGCUGUAAAUUGGAGUCUCCUGGGAAUGUUCAAAGGGACUGGCUCAUGCUGUUGGAAGGGAUGCAGUAUGAUUCAAUGUUGCCUUUCAUUAGAAAUGUCAGUUUUCCAAUAAGAUCACAUCAUGCAUGUUCAGAUUGUCUGCGUAUUUACAAUUUGAAAGAAAAUAAAUAAUAUUUGUAGAAAUAUU